UCGCCAUUUUGUUGCCUGCCUCGCCAGUUUACCGAAAAUUGAAUAAAAAUUUUCUCGCGUGUGAUUGUUUGUUAUUAUAUGAUUUAAAAUAACUAUGUCUAAACGAAGGAUUGAAGUGAUGGAUCCUUUCAUCAAGAAAAAGAGAGAAGAAAAGGCGGCAGCGUUAGCGAAGGCGGGGGGCGGCGGGGAGUCGUCGGACUCCGUGGCCACGCUGGGGACUGCGCCCCCGCCCACCGCCACCAGCACCCCGGGGGUUAAUCCCUACACAGGUCUCCCCCACUCGACGCGUUACCAUGAACUCUUACGCCGUCGACUCGGACUCCCUGUAUGGGAAUACAAAAACGAUUUCAUGAGACUCCUCAGCACACACCAAUGUGUGGUCUUAGUCGGUGAGACCGGUUCUGGAAAAACCACCCAAAUCCCACAAUGGUGUGUGGAAUUUUCCGCUGUAACCGCUGGAAAGUCUCACGGAGUAGCCUGCACCCAACCUAGAAGAGUAGCAGCCAUGUCCGUAGCUCAACGAGUUGCUGAAGAAAUGGAUGUUGCUUUAGGCCAGCAAGUUGGUUACAGCAUCCGUUUCGAAGACUGUUCGGGACCACAAACAGUACUAAAAUACAUGACAGAUGGUAUGUUACUCCGUGAAGCCAUGUCUGACCCGAUGUUGGAGCAAUACCGAGUGAUUUUACUUGACGAAGCUCACGAAAGGACGUUAGCUACGGACAUACUUAUGGGUGUACUGAAGGAGGUUAUUAAACAACGUACAGACUUGAAGCUAGUUAUUAUGUCUGCGACUUUAGAUGCAGGGAAGUUUCAACAGUAUUUCGAUAAUGCUCCAUUAAUGAACGUUCCUGGUAGAACACAUCCUGUCGAAAUAUUUUACACACCUCAGCCCGAAAGAGAUUAUUUAGAAGCAGCCAUUCGUACAGUAAUCCAAAUACAUAUUUGUGAGGAAAUUCCCGGUGAUAUUUUACUGUUUUUGACUGGACAGGAAGAAAUUGAGGAUGCUUGUAAAAGAAUUAAGCGUGAAAUUGAUAAUUUGGGACCAGAUGUGGGUGAACUUAAAUGUAUACCGUUAUAUUCAACUUUACCACCGAAUUUGCAGCAAAGGAUCUUUGAACCGGCACCUCCUAAUCGAGCUAAUGGAGCAAUUGGUAGAAAAGUUGUAGUUUCAACUAAUAUAGCAGAAACAUCAUUGACAAUAGAUGGUGUAGUAUUUGUCAUAGAUACUGGAUUUUCAAAACAAAAGGUGUACAACCCUAGGAUUCGUGUGGAGUCUCUAUUGGUGUCGCCUAUUAGUAAGGCCUCGGCUCAGCAGAGAGCUGGCAGGGCUGGCAGGACGCGUCCAGGGAAAUGCUUCAGGCUUUAUACAGAAAAGGCAUACAAGAAUGAAAUGCAAGAUAAUACCUAUCCGGAGAUUUUGAGAUCAAACUUAGGAUCUGUAGUUUUGCAGUUGAAAAAGCUGGGUAUCGACGACCUGGUGCACUUUGACUUCAUGGACCCGCCAGCUCCGGAGACCCUGAUGCGCGCGCUUGAGUUGCUCAAUUACUUGGCUGCACUGGAUGAUGACGGUAACCUGACAGACCUGGGCGCAGUGAUGGCGGAGUUCCCCCUCGACCCUCAGCUCGCCAAGAUGCUGAUCGCCAGCUGCAACCACAACUGCUCCAACGAGAUCCUCUCCAUCACUGCCAUGCUGUCCGUGCCGCAAUGCUUCGUGCGUCCUAACGAAGCGCGCAAGGCGGCGGACGAAGCGAAGAUGCGCUUCGCCCACAUCGACGGCGACCACCUCACGCUUCUCAAUGUGUACCACGCUUUCAAACAGAAUAUGGAGGACCCGCACUGGUGUUAUGAUAACUUCAUCAACUACAGAUCGCUGAAGUCCGGAGACAACGUGCGGCAGCAACUCAGCCGGAUUAUGGACAGAUUUAACCUAAAAAGAACAAGUACAGAGUUCACGAGCAAAGACUACUACAUUAAUAUUAGGAAAGCACUUGUCAACGGAUUCUUUAUGCAGGUGGCCCACUUGGAGCGGACGGGCCACUAUCUCACAGUGAAAGACAACCAAGUGGUCCAGCUGCACCCCUCCACCUGCCUCGACCACAAGCCCGACUGGGUCAUCUACAAUGAGUUCGUGCUGACCACCAAAAACUAUAUACGCACUGUCACCGACAUCAAACCGGAAUGGCUGCUCCGGAUCGCCCCUCAGUACUACGAGCUCAACAACUUCCCGCAGUGCGAGGCGAGGCGACAGCUGGAGCUGCUGCAGGCGCGCCUCGACUCCAAGGCCUACCAGGAGGGCUUUUAGACUUACCACUAGCCCUAUAAGACCAGCUGUUAUCUCGACCUGCAAGUCUCAACCAGCAUAGACCCUCCAGGUGUCUUCGACCUGCCAGCUUACCACCACUGUCAGUCAGCCAGUGAACGUCUAAACCUGCACAUUUCAAUAAGCUUCCACCCACCAGCUCUUCGGCCUUACAGGUCUUUCUAUAUCUGUCAGCCAGCCAUCAGGCACAUUUGUACACCUACUGCAACUCUCAAUAGGCCAGAGUCUAGACCUACCAGCCUCCCAACAGGCCUUUUAGACCUGCCAGCUUUUCACUAGGCCUAUAAAAAUUAAACUUGUCAGCCAGGCACUGAGUAUCUAGCCCUGCAACGUCUAAACAAGCUAAGACCCACCAGAUCUGUUUGACGUGCGAACCCUGCCCAUAGUGCGAGGCUGGACGCCAACUUGAACUACUGUAAGCGCGUAUCGACUCUAAGGUCUACCAGGAGGGCUUCUAAACCUGCCACCAGGCCUAUAAGACCUGUCAGCCAGCCACUUAACAACUAGACCUGCUAGUCUCUACAAGGUUCUUAAGCACGUGUCUAGAUCAGUAACUCUCAAUACACCUUCCAGCGUCCUAUCAGGUCUUUUAGACCUGCCAGAUUAUCACCAGGUCUUCAAGACAUGCUAGCUAGUCACUGAGUGUCUAGACCUGCAGGUCUCAACAUGCUUAGACCCACAAGGUCUGUUCAGCUUCCACCAGACUUUCUAUAUCAUGAUGAGAGGAUGUAGAGCUGGCAAAACUUACAGUUUUAUCAACAAGAACAAAAAUGUCGGGCAAACAAUCACUGCAUAUCAUGAAAGUGUGUUUGUUUGUUGGUUUGUCCUUCAAUCACGCCGCAACGGAUCGGCGUGAUUUUAUGCAUGGAUGUAGUUGAAGACCUGGAGAGUGGCAUAGGCUACUUUUUAUCCCGGAGAAACAAAGAGUUCCCAUGGGGUUUUAAAAAGCUAAAUCCACACCGACUAACAGCCGUAUUUAUAAAUGUUACUAUGAGGUCUCAUAGUGCGCUCAAAUGCAGUGAAGGUUCCACCAAUUAGAUUGCUGUAUCACGUCAAUUUACAAUGAUCUGAUUGGUGGAACCUACACUAUGC